CGAGAAUUUGCUAUGAAGGCCUUUGUUCAAAGAUCGUUCGGCAUCGAUCGUUGUGUAUUAGACUCGCAAUAUGUACGAGAAGUUUGCAAUCGUAUUAUUCGUUGUCAUCUUAUUCAGAAAUUCUACAGCGCGAAAAAGCGAAGAAAAAUGCAAAGAAUAUGCCGAUCUGGUUUACGAAACCGAGAAUUCACCGACUUUGCGAAUCAAUGCUGGCUCGAAUAAAGUAUCUCGUUGCGCGAUUAUUGAGACGCCUCUUAUCAUCGGCGGAAUUCCAGCAAAACUCGCGGAAUUUCCUCAUAUGGCGGUGAUCGGUUAUGGCAAGAAUGACGCGAUGUCCUGGGAUUGUGGAGGAAGUAUCAUUUCGGAGAAUUUUAUUCUGUCAGCGGCUCACUGUUUGGAAUCUCCGGAUAAAGGUCCUGCGAUCAAAGUACGUGUCGGCUUAAUUGAUUUAUCAGCUCCAGGUGAUGUCAUGCAAGAGAGAUACAUCACGGAAAGAAUUCAGCAUCCAGAUUACAAGCCUUGGGUUAAGUAUCACGAUAUAGCAUUACUUAAACUCGAUCGACCGUUAGAGUUGAAUCCUCGAGUAAGACCCGCGUGUCUUGAAGGAAACUCGCAAAUACCGGGCAAAAGCGCUAUCGCUUCUGGAUUUGGGAAAACCUCUUACGACUCUAAUAUUGGUAGUAACGAAUUAAUGAAGGUUCAGUUAAAUUUCAUAUCCGAGGACGAUUGUAAAAAAAGUUACGCCGAGGAUCUCGGUACACGGGGGCUGCCUGAUGGUUUGAUACAAAGUUUACUUUGUGCCGGCAUAAUGGAAGGCGGAAAAGACACCUGUCAGGGUGACAGCGGUGGUCCAUUGCAAAGGGUUCUUGCGGAACCUUAUUGUAUGUACAGUAUCGUGGGUGUGACAAGUUUCGGAAAAUUUUGCGCUUUUAAAGCUUCUCCCGCGAUUUAUACCAGAAUUAGUUCUUAUCUCGAUUGGAUCGAAAAUACUGUUUGGCCAUAAAAAAAUUAGAUCGAGAAGUAUCAUCAAAUGUUAAUCUCCAACUAUUAAUUCUGAUAGUUUCAAGGAGUAAUUGUCGAAAGAUAGUUUUGUGCAAAAUUACAUAGAUGACGAGGGAAAUAAAAUGAAAAAUGAUAAAGAUAAAAAAGAUCUGGUCGUAUAUUAUUUACAUUGUUAUAAUUUUUAUUGCAAAAGGAUAAUAAUCAUUCUCAUUGAUAUGUACAAUUCGGUACCCAAACGCAUAUAUAUAUAUAUGUACGAACCACAUUAUAAUAAACAUUUUCAAAACUUAUACAUUUUAUACAGGGAACAUAUCUUAGAUAUAUAACAACCAACAAUGAUGAUAAUAAUAUUGUAUGCAAUAAUCACUAAUAUAUGCUGUAAAGUAAAGAUAAUAUUCAAAUCAUGUUUGUCAGAUAACGACGUGAAAAAGGUGUCGUAACAUUAACAGAUGCUCUAUAUAUAUAUAUCGAGUAUACGUAGACGAUAUGUUACAAAUAGGAAUUAAAAAUACGCAAAAAGGAAACGAGAACUUACAUAAUAAAAAAAAUAUACAGAGAUGUGGCUUGCCUAUUAGGAGAAAUCCCGGUAAUUGUCGAGUAUGAUAAGAUACUUAAAACUUUCAUCGAGACACGAUUAAAAUUCUUACGCUUGAGUAUGUUUAUUAUAUACAUUAUGUACGUGAUUUAAGUUAUCAGUCUUACGGCUCUCGAAAGAAAA